AUGGAGCCACUCUUCACCGGUGUCUCAAAUAAUGCUCAUCACUUAUACACCCUGCUCUCUUGCAUUGGCUUUGCUUCCAGAGCCUCUGUCCAAAUCACCCCCGAUGGACUUCGUUUCUCGGCGGAGGAAGGCCGUGUGCUCCAAGGAUUAGCCUUCCUCGACAAAUCUCUCUUCACCAGCUAUACUUUCAAUGCCUCGACAGACAUCGACCGGGAUGAAUCUGGUCAAAACGAGGAGGAUCCCGAAGUGGCAUAUCCGCAUUUCGUCGUCUCCCUCUCUGCUCUUCUCGAAACGUUGAAGAUCUUCGGCAUCAACGACCUCUCCGAGCCCGAUGGCUCCCGCGACACAAACAUACCGCAAACCAAUCCAGCAUCAAGUGCAUUUAGUGCCCCAGCUUUGUUGAUGGACCGGUCUUGCACAUUGCACUAUGCCUCCCAUGGAGCUCCACUCAGCAUCGCCAUUGCAGAGGCGGGCGUAAAGACGACCUGUGAGCUGGUCACCUACGAACUCGAGGGCAACGAAAGCGACAUUCCACUUCAGCGUGACGCCAUUAUCAUGAAGGUCAUCAUGCGCUCUGCUUGGCUGCACAACGCCAUCGGCGAACUCGACUCCUCGACCCCAACCAUCCUCAAACUGUCCGCCUGUGCCACCCGCGAGCCGUACUUUGCUCUCUCGGGUGCCGGUGGCCCUUUCAGCGAAUCUACCGUGGAAUUCUCGGUUGAUCGGCACAAUGAACCAGGCGCUGAUCCACUAGGACAGUCUCAAACACACAAGGUGUUGGCCGAUGACGGGUCUUCCAGAGCCCGUGCUACUCGGACAAAGAUGGCUCCAACUGUUACUGAGACAUUCCUUGUCGCACCGCCGUCUGCGGUGGGCGACCGAAUCAAACAAAGCUACCGAUUUGCCUUGAUUCGCAAAGCUGCCCGAGCAAUGGCCGUCGCCAAUAAGGUUAGCAUUCGGGGUGAUCGACAGGGUGUGCUGAGUUUACAAUUUAUGAUCGAGCUGGAUGACAGCUUACCUACUGGCAGGCCUGUUGGUGCUGGUCUUAAGGCUGUGGGUCCAGUAUGUUUCGUGGACUUUCGUUUCGUGCCGCUCUUGGACGAAGAAGAGGCUGAGAUGGAUGUGGAAGCCGAUGAUGAAUAG